UUUUACCUCCUUCAAAUGGAACUGCGACGCGGCAUAUUCCAUCCGUCUCUUAUUACAAGCUCGCACACUUUAGAUGGAGAUUCGUCCGCCGUUCUUCGCGUAGACCUCCUUGCCGUCUCCUUGCCUCCGCACCAUCCGCGACCCACUCCUCUCCUCCCGAUAUACUUCCCCUGCAAUCCAUCCCCAACCUCUCAACACAUACACUCUCACACACACCAAUUCACCAACCAAGAUUACAGGAAUUUCAUGAAGAAUUAUGCUUCGUCUCUGCUGUAGAACUCGUCGCUAUCUUCACCUUCCUCGUCGCCCCCAUUGUUCUUCUUCAUCAUCAAGAAAAUCCAAAGAUUGUCUGAACGAUCCCAUAAAUUCCCACCAUGUCUCCCCUCCGCCAAUCCCCCAACACCGUCCCGCCUCCCUCUCUCCUCUCCCAUCCUCUCUCUCCCGCACUUCUCUCAUCGCCAUGUCCGCAGCCCUGCUCUCCGCCGUCAUCGCCUCCUGCGCCCUCUUCUCCACCGGCGACGCUGACCGUCUCGAGCGCAAGCGCAGGGACCGUCUCUACGAUGAUCUCCACCGCGCGAUUGAGCACUCGAGCGGUUCGCUUAACAGAAUCGUCAACCGCAUGAAGCAGACUGGCGCCGCUGCCGCUGUUUUGUGGCAAUCUUUGAGGUCAGUCCUGUCGACCGCCAACCACGAGGUCCGGUCGGGCUUUGAGCUUAGGGUCGCGGCGCUUCUCGCCGACAUUGCGGCCGCCAAUGCGAGCCGGAGAUCGGCCAUUGUUGGGGCUGGCGGCGGCGCUGUCUUGGAUUGGCUCCUUGAGACCGUGGCUGUUUCCGGUGAUAAUUGUGCGACGCAAGCGGAGUCGGCCAGGGCAUUGGCGUACUUGAUCGCGGAUCCUAAUGUGUGUGGGGAAGUGCUGGGGAGGCCCCGUGCAGUGCCGAAUCUUCUUCGUUUUAUAUUCUCAUUUCAGCCUCGGCACUCCAAGAAGCACCCAAGGCAUAGUUUGUUCGACGUUUUUGAUUCUUUGAAAGGUAGGAGCAUGCUUGUAGCAGCUAUUAUGGAUAUGGUCACUUCCAGCUGCGAUAGCUUAGGUAGGAUAUCAUUUCAGCCAUCCCUGCCGGGCAGUGCUGAAAUGAGAGACAUUGCAGCAGCCAUUCAAGUUAUUGAAGAAGGGAGCAUGCAUUUGGAUGAGACGCAUGAAAAUGAAGAUGAUGAAGGGGGAAAAGGAGUGAGGGGUAUUGGAAUUAAAAUUCUUGGAGAGACCACAGUUUUAGGUCUUUCUAGAACUAGCGGGCUUAUGAAGUUGGAGCAUUCAGAUGGCAAUUGCCUAGAACCAGUUAGGCCAACUCCUAAAACCAUUUUUUUGCAACAAAAGCAUGACGGUUCUCUAGCACAAGAAAAUUUGUCUUCUGCUGUUGUUCCUGGUCUUUGGGAUGAUUUGCACUGUCAACAUGUAGCUGUACCUUUUGCUGCAUGGGCUUUAGCAAAUUGGGCAAUGGCAUCAGAAGAAAAUAGAUCUCAUAUUCAAGAACUGGAUCGAGAUGGGCAUGCUGUCAUGAGCGCUUUAAUGGCACCUGAGAGAACUGUGAAAUUGCAUGGCAGUUUGGUGGCUCGGUUGCUUUUAGAGGAUCGUAAUCUGCCCUUAAACGAUUCUGUUUCUGAUUGGAGUUCUAGUCUCCUUUCUACCGUUUCUCAGGCAAGUAAAAUUGAAGAUAUUCCUUUGGCUCAGGUGGCUUUAUCUGCAUUUUUGGUUUCUGUUGAGAGAAGUCCUGGGGCCCGGAAUGUGGUAAUGGAUAAGGGUCUUCAUCUGAUGAGAGAAACUGCUAAACGGACAACAAAGCAUAAGCAUGUGCAAGAAGCAUUGGCAAAAGCCUUAGAAUUGCUUUGUAGUGGGGACAAGCAUUUGUCACUUGAGGAGAGUCAAAAGUGGUCUGGCAUCCUGCUUUCAUGGGUUUUUGGGAACUCUUCCUCUGACAUAGUUCGGACUUCAGCUAUAAAUAUCCUUUCAUCCAUUCUUGAAAACCAUGGGCCAUAUUCUGUUCCAAUAUCUCAGGGAUGGCUAGCUCUUUUGCUAACUGAAAUACUGGAUUCCAACAAGACAACAUUGGUUAAAGGCAACGGUCAGGCUAAAAGUGACAAAGUGAAGACUCAAAUUGAUCAGUCAAACAUUCUUUCUGCCACUCAGAUUGCUAAUCAAUUGGGGGUUGCUGUAGUUAAUCUAGCAGGAAAUCAACUGGGAACGGCCGCCGACUCCAUAGAUACAUCCCCUCUAGCUGAUCUUCUUUCUUUGGAACCUUUUGCGAAGACAUUUAAAAAUCUAAAGAAGGAUAGUUUGCCUAAAUUUAAUGCUGCAGAUUCUGCUGUGGCAACUCUUAAGGGGAUCAAGGCGCUUACUGAAGUAUGUGCUGAUGAUAAUUCAUGUCAAAAUAUAAUAGUUGAUUUUGGUGUAUUGUGUUUGCUGAGGCGCUUUUUGUUACGAGAUGAUUAUGAGAAACUUGCCGCAAUUGAAGCAUAUGAUGCAUCAAGAGACCUUGAGUCACGUGAUCGUAUUUCAAACAUUCCUGGUGAAUCAGUGGGUGUGGAUCCUAAUGAUCCAUCUAGUGUUCGACUUCCACGUACGGCUCAUAUUCGGAAGCAUGCAGCUCGGCUUCUAACUAUUCUUUCACUUCUUCCAAAUGUUCGGGAAGUCAUUGUUGCGGAUGAGACUUGGUGUAAAUGGCUUGAGGAAUGUGCUAACGGGAAGAUCCCAGGUUGCAAUGACCCUAAGAUUCAAAGUUUUGCAAGGGCAAUCCUGAUAAAUAUAUUCUGCAAAGAUCAAAUUCGUGGAAACUCUACAAGUGGUGAUGUCUCUGAUAAUGAUAUUGUGAAUGAAAAUAGUACCUGCCCUCGUUAUGAUGACAUGGUAUUCUUAAUCAAUCCUGAGCUGCCCCACUGGAAGUUUCCUGAAAAACCAAGUCCAUAUUCUGGUCGAAGGAAACAAUGCUUUGUUGGUAAACCAGAUGAUGAUUGUGAUGUGGACUCCAAGGCUAGACCUGUAUCCAGAACUUGCAAGGAUGGUACCUUGCCCACUGCUGCUGAUGUAUCUGACAGUGGCUCAUCGUCAGAUGUUCCCCUUCUAGAUGUUGUUUUUGUUCAUGGCCUGCGUGGUGGACCCUAUAAAACUUGGCGCAUUGCUGAAGACAAGUCCUCGACCAAGUCUGGCCUUGUUGAGAAGAUUGAUCAAGAGGCAGGGAAGCUAGGAACAUUUUGGCCAGGUGAAUGGCUUUCAGCCGACUUUCCUGAAGCUCGAUUAUUUACACUUAAAUACAAGUCAAAUCUUACACAGUGGUCUGGAGCUAGCCUACCUCUUCAGGAAGUCAGCUCCAUGCUGUUGGAAAAGCUUGUGGCUGCUGGCAUUGGAAAUCGACCUGUUGUUUUUGUGACUCAUAGCAUGGGAGGCCUGGUGGUGAAGCAGAUGCUCUUUAAAGCGAAGGCAGAUAAUGUUGAUAACCUUGUUAACAACACCAUUGGAAUUGUCUUCUAUAGUUGCCCACAUUUUGGCAGCAAGCUUGCAGACAUGCCUUGGCGAAUGGGCCUUGUGUUGCGCCCAGCCCCAACUAUAGGGGAGCUGAGAAGUGGUUCUUCAAGAUUAGUAGAACUUAAUGACCUUGUUCGUCACCUUCAUAAAAAAGGAUUACUUGAAGUUCUCAGUUUCUGUGAGACCAAGGUAACUCCUAUUGUUGAAGGUUAUGGUGGUUGGGCCUUCCGGAUGGAAAUUGUACCAAUUGAAUCGGCAUAUCCUGGAUUUGGUGAACUAGUUGUUCUUGAGUCCACAGACCAUAUAAAUUCAUGCAAACCGGUCAGCCGAACUGAUCCCUCCUAUACAGAGAUGUUGAACUUCUUGCGGAAGCUGAAAGCUGAGUUUACUUGAAGACAUCAUACAUACUUUGUGCAUUGGAAUUAAUGUUGACAGCAUUCAAAAAGUCUCGAGUUGGCUCCACAUUGGUAGCCGGAUGUGUUGCAAGAGCUUGCCAAGGAAAAACACAUUUUUUCAGAGUCAGGUCUCGGGUGGCCUGUAUUAUAUUCCAGGAUCCUUAUACAUGGGCAUAUGCAGAUGCCUUUUUCUGUACAAGCUGAUUAUCUUUGUGUAUCAUUAGCUUAUUUUUCGCCUCAUUGUUAGCUUAAUUUCCUUGUAUUUUUGUAGAUUAGUUGCACAUAUACUAUAUAGAAUGUUCAAAAAAGGAGAUUCUACUGCUAAUCCACAAGAGGAUGUAUUAGAACAGAAUAGGCUCAUGCCUGUCAUUGCAGUAUUGUAACUUGUUUAACUCAUUAAUGUAUUGCUAAUUUUGUUUUGGACA